CUCCUUUCCCUCCAAAUUCUCUCCCUCUCUCACAACUCUCAUGAAGUCACCAAGAGAAGCGAAAUCCUGAACCAAAUAUUCUGGAUCAAAACAUCAAGUAAACAAGAAAAUCCAAUUUGGGUUUCUUCUUUCAAGAAAUAUCUGCUAACCUCUGUUUCGCUCAAGAACUACCCAUCUACUGCAAUCAAGAUUCCCCUUUUUCCUGCAAUCAAGAUUCCCCUUUUUCCUUGAUUGCAAUGCGUUUUUAUACCUCUCUUAUCUUCUGGGUCCAUUUCUUUCUCUUCUUUAACUUCAAUUUCUUCUCACUUUCCAUCCUUUUCUUGCCUACAAACAAUGUCACUCUCUAUGGCGAUGCACACCUUAGAAACAAUGGCAUUAGUCUCACUCAAGGACACGGUUGCUCCCACCCACCUUCCUUCCCUUUCUUCUCCUCUGCUCCUUCUUCUUCUUCUUAUUCUGGUGUUGGAAGAGCUCUCUAUCUAUACCCAAUUCGGUUUUUUGAUCCCACAACCAAUAUGACUGCAUCUUUCUUUUGCCGUUUCUCCUUCUCCAUCAUCCCAUCUCCACUGUGUCCUUUUGGUGAAGGUAUGGCGUUCUUCAUCACCUCUAAUGCCGAAUCUUUCAGUCUUUCUAAUGGCUACAUGGGCCUUCCAGGGCCGUCCUUAAACCCCCAAGAUUCAUUCGUCGCUGUGGAAUUUGAUACAAGUUCUGAUCUUUCUCUUUCUGAUAUCAGCAGUAAUCACAUUGGAAUUGAUGUCAAUACAGUUGUAUCUUUUGCUUCAGUUGAUGCUGUCGAAGAAGGGAUUGAUCUGAAAAGUGGAAGGCAGAUAACUGCUUGGGUUGAAUACACAGAUGCCACUAAGUUGGUUCAGGUGUGGGUUAGUUACUCCCAAAUUAGGCCUUCAAAUCCUGUUCUCCAGGCACGGAUUGAUCUCUCUGAGUAUGUCAAGGAAUAUAUGCAUGUUGGUUUCUCGGCUUCCAAUGGGCAAGGCUCAGCCUUUCAUAUUGUUGAUCAUUGGCGAUUCAAAACUUACGGUUCUCCCUCUUCUGUGAGUCCUAUGGAUACAACUGAAGGAGGGGACUGUUUAAUGUGCUAUUCUGAGGAUUCAGGUGUCAAUGGCAACAGCACCCCUAGUGAUCUUAAUGAGAAAAGAACCAAUAUGCGAGAGAUUGCUUUGGGGUUGGGAGGUUUAGCUGCUUUCGUCCUCUCCAUGGCGACAGUAAUUUUCUUUGUUAUGAGGAAAAAGAGGGGUAUUGGCAGAAGAAAGAGAAAGGUCCAAAUCCGUAUAGGCCAAAGAGGACCAACAAGAUUUUCAAUUGCUGAGAUAAAGUCAGCUACUAUGGGGUUUCACAGAAACAGAGUUGUUGGUGAAGGAGCUUCAGCUACAAUUUAUAAAGGGUCUCUUCCAUCUACAGGAGCAGUGGCUAUUAAGAGAUUCAACAAGGGGGAGAUCGACUGUUUUCGCAAUCCAUUCAUCACUGAGUUUGCAACAAUGGUGGGUUGCUUGAGACACAAUAACUUGGUUCAACUUCAAGGAUGGUGCUGUGAGGGAGAAGAAUUAGUCCUAGUUUAUGAAUACUUGCCCAAUGGAAGCCUUGACAGAAUCCUUCACAACACUACUGGUUCUACAAUUUGCCUUUCCUGGAAGCAAAGGUUAAAUGUAGUUCUUGGAGUUGCUUAUGCUCUUUCAUAUCUACAUGAUGAAUGUGAGAGACAGAUAAUUCAUAGAGAUGUAAAGUCAUGCAAUAUAAUGCUUGAUGAAGAAUUCAAUGCGAAACUGGGAGAUUUUGGCUUAGCAGAAGUAUACGAACAUAGUACUAAGACAAGAGAAGCUACUAUACCAGCAGGGACAAUGGGGUAUCUUGCUCCUGAGUAUGUUUAUUCUGGUGUUCCAUCAGUGAAAACUGAUGUUUACAGCUUUGGUGUGGUAGUGCUAGAGUUGGCCACUGGAAGAAGGCCUGUAGAAGAUGAUGGUACAGUGCUUGUUGAGUCGGUGUGGAGUUUCUGGGAGAAAGGGAAACUGAUUCAGGCUGCCGAUGCAAAGUUGGAAGGGAAGUUUAAUGAAGUGGAGAUGGAGAGGAUGCUGAUGGUGGGACUUUGUUGUGUGCACUCAAAUCAUGAGCAUAGGCCAACAGUUAAGAGGGCUGCUAAGAUUCUUAAAGGCGAGGCUCCACUUCCUCUUCUGCCACCAAGAAAACCAAAAGUGGAGUUCCAUUAUGUUUGGCCUGAGGAUUUUGAAGGAAGAACUAUUCUUGGAGGAGAUCACAGUCCUGCCACUGAUGACAUGUCAUGGAUGACACCUAGGAGCCAUUUUGGCUGGGAUUAACAGAGAAAUGUUGACGUAGAACAAAGAGGAACAACAACAAAUCCUUAGGAAAAAUAGAACUAAUUCUAUUUUAGUGCACACUUCACGAAAAGACAAAAGAAACUAAGAGUUUUAAUUAGUAUAGGUUUGUUUGUUGUCACCAAAAAUUUCAGUAUAUGUAUCAGUAUAUCCAAGCUGUUGUUGUAUUCAUUAA